GCCAGUGUUCCUCCACAUGGGUGAGGAGGUGGAUGGGGUGGACAUGAGGGCAGAGGUCGGCCUGCUGAGUCGCAACAUCCUGGUGCGCGGCGAGAUGGAACCUGGUUGCUACGGCAACGAGGCCUGCAAGUUCUUCGCCUUUGACACUUUUGGAGGACACGUGAAGAUGGAGCGUGGCUUUAAGUCUGUGCAUGUGUCCGGUGUAGAGCUGCAGCACAUGGGUCAACAGUCUAUGGGUCACUACCCUGUCCACUUCCAUAUGAACGGAGACGUGGACCAGAAGGGAGGCUACGAUCCCCCCACCUCUGUCAGCGAUCUGUCCAUCCACCACACCUUCUCCCCGCUGUGUCACUGUGCACGGCUCUAACGGCCUACUGGUAAAGGACGUGGUGGGCUAUGAUGCUCUGGGACAUUGUUUCUUCACUGAGGACGGUCCUGAGGAGAGGAACACUUUUGACCACUGCCUGGGGCUGAUGAUCAGAGCUGGUACCCUGCUGCCCUCCGACAGGGAUAGCAAGAUGUGUCGCGAUAUCACACAGGGAGCCUUCCCCGGAUAUGUGGCCAACCCACGACAAGACUGCAGGUAGAGGAGAUCAAUAGAAGUGUCCCCUAGGUUCAGAUCU